GAAAACGAAGAAAAUACAACUAGUGAAAAUGUAAACAAUGAAAAGUGAGAUGCCAACUGGAAAAGUGAAUUGAUUCGUUUGCAACUGCAAGAACGUAGCAUAUUUUUCGGGGCACAAUAAUUCAAUUACAGGAGGCAACGCACGGUGCAAAAGUCAAAACUCAAACUCAAACUCAAACUCUAAGGAGCGUGAGGAGGUGUCCUUUCUGUGACGGUGCCACGCCCACCUGCGCCAAAGUAGAAGAAGAAGCAGCAGCUGAAUAAGACGAAGAAGGCGGGUGGCGCUAAGUAGCAGGCCUCACAAGGACGAAGCCGAGAGCUCGUGGUAUAACCACAAGAGGUUGCAGACGGGUGAAAAGCGCGAGCAAGAAGCCCAAAGAAGGUGCAGCCAGAAUUAACACAAAGCGCUGAAACAAGUUCCUUGGCACAUCCCAGAAAGCCACUCAAGGAUGUCGUCACACUGGCUUAUUGUCCUGGGAGUCCUCUGUCUCCUUGCAGGAAGCAGCGAGGGCGCCUCGAAGCGCUUCUUUACGGACUUCCUGCAGGACUUACCGACGCCCGGAACUGGAGGACCAACAUUCGACACGACCAUCGGUACCAACAUCACCGGUCUCGUCGGCAAGACGGUUCGCCUGACCUGCCGCGUCAAGAAUUUGGGCAAUCGCACGGUGUCUUGGGUGCGGCAUAGGGACAUACACCUGCUGACGGUGGGUCGCUAUACGUACACCUCUGACCAGCGCUUCGAGGCUAUGCAUUCGCCCCAUGCCGAGGAUUGGACUUUAAGGAUCCGCUAUGCACAGCGCAAGGACUCUGGCAUCUAUGAAUGUCAGAUAUCGACUACACCCCCCAUUGGACACUCUGUCUAUCUCAACAUUGUGGAACCCGUCACCGAAAUCGUUGGCGGCGGCGAGCUGCACAUUAACCGUGGUUCCACCAUCAAUCUCACCUGCAUUGUGAAAUUUGCCCCAGAGCCACCGCCCACCGUCAUUUGGUCCCACGAGCGACAGAUCAUAAAUUUCGAUUCACCUCGCGGCGGCAUAUCAUUAGUCACCGAGAAAGGUGUGCUGACCACCAGCCGGCUCCUGGUGCAGAAGGCCAUCGCCCAGGACUCGGGUGUCUACACAUGCACCCCAUCCAAUGCCAAUCCUGCCACGGUGCGCGUGCACAUCGUCGAUGGUGAGCAUCCGGCGGCCAUGCACACCGGCAAUACAGAGCCCACCGGCAAGGCAGGUGCUCUCCAGCCCUCGGCCUGGCUCUCGCUGGCAUUGCUCUCGAGCGGCACAGUGCUGCUCCUUCAGAUGACCGCCAGAUGCAGUGCAGCCGCCCAUCACACAUCCUGCACACGCGAAAAGGACACGGAAACGGAAACGGAAACCACAGCAGGACGAGCAGGCAAUCGAAAUCAGGAGUUCCUUCGACCUGAAAAGAAUGACGUGGCCAUUGGAAUUGGAAUGCAACUGAAUAAACAGGAAGCGAGAUUCGAUACAAUAAUUACCCUAAUUAAGCAAGGAAGGAAGUAAACAAUGACGUGUCCUCUACUGGGUGCAACAAAUUGGCGAACCCCUAGAGGAAACUUAUGCAAUCGAUGGCUGACUAUCGAUUGCGCGACGGGGCUUUGCAUAAUUUUAUUGGUGCUACAAUGGGGGGCAAACAAUUAAAAGGCAAACAAAAUAUUGCCCCCCAGC